AUGGACUCAGAAGCAGACCUCGGUCGCCACUUCUACCUCAACAAAGUCCUCGAACAAUGGGCAGCCAAACCCGCCACCCGUAUGACCCUACGACAGCUCAUCUUUUUCGGUCGCACCCUUGGCCGCGACCGCGAGAAAAUCCUCAAAUCCGGCAACUACGUUCGACAGGAACUCCCCGUUCGCAUUGCUCAUCGAAUUCGUGAUCUUCAAGCGCUGCCCUUUGUCGUUAUGACAAACCAACAUCUCGAAGAUGUGUACCAAAAGUACUGGUCGGCAUUUGAGACGUUCAGAAGGUUCCCACAUAUAAAAACUGUAGAUGAUAAUGAAAAGUUUUGUAAUCUGUUGAGGAGGUUGUUGGAUGAUCAUUUGACCAUCAUCCCGUCUUUGACGAUUGGAAUUGUGGAGAGUUCACAUCACUUGCAGCCUCAACAGUUGGAUAAGUUUAUGGAACGCAUGCUUCGCUCGCGCAUCUCCCGUAGAGUGCUGGCAGAACAACACAUUGCUCUAUCUGAGGCUCUCGAUGACCCUUUCCACUUCUUCAACGAACCUGUAACGCGGCGCCGAGAAGAAGGACAAUGCGAAUCCGAACUGGAUCUAAACAACGACGAUGCGGUGGGAGACCACGUUGGAAUCAUCUACACCCGGCUCAGUGUAGCAAGUGUAGUCAACAAAGGCAUAAAGCUUCUAACCCAAAUGUUUGCUACCGUGCAAGGGGUGGGAGAGGAUAGGAUACCGAAAGUGGAGGUGGAUGGAGAUUUGAAAGCUAGAUUUGCGUAUAUUCCGGAACAUUUGGAGUAUAUCGUGUUUGAGUUGUUGAAAAAUGCGAUUCGGGCGACAAUUAGGAAGCAUGUUGGGAUGGAAGAGAAGGGUGUGGUGAGAGUGACGGUGGUGGAGGGACCGCCGGAGGAAGAUUUGAUCAUUAGAAUUAGUGAUUGUGGUGGUGGUUUGCCUGAUUUGAUUACGCAGCUUUCGAUGCCGAGCAGGGGGUCCUAUGUGAAGCCAGUACCUGCGCCGGUUGGGUUUGCAAGCGCACCUGGCGGAGGGGCAGGGGAGGGAGUGGGCGGUGGUGAUCAACAGUAUCCAAUUCCAUUCCCUGACACGGGUCACAUCGGAGGAUAUCCACCACGAGGAAGUAGAGCAAGGCUUAUACAUCCAGAUGACGACACAAUCCCAGUCACCCUCUCCGACGACACCCUGCCCGGGAGUAUGAGGGCAGAUGCAGCUUCAUUCUACGCCGAACCAUGGGCAGAAGCUUCACUUCCCUCGACGAGAAUGUGGACUGCACGAGGAGGUGUAGGGUCAGCUGGAGGUGUUGGUGGUUCUACUCCUCCAAACGAAUUCGGUACGGUGGGAACAUCCACCUCUUCUUCUGCGGCUGAGGGGUAUUCCGACCCUCUGAUUGACGCUUUAUGCUCAUUCAGUAACGUUCGAAAACGACUAGAGAUCGAAGAACAAGCCACUAAAUCCUCCAACAGUAAUAGCGCUAGUGCCUUCUAUGGUCUCCCUUCCUCCUCUGCCUCCCUCCCUGCACCAGCGGGAGCGGAGGGCGAUUCCGCCGCACACCUAAACUCCGCCGGCCUGGGAACAAGAGACAGAUUCGAUGCACUGAAGACGAUAGGAAAGUUCAAGGGUACGGUUACUGAACAAGUUCCACUCCGCCCCUCCUCCAGCGACAAAGGAGAGUGGGUGGGGAAGAAGGGUGGAACCAUUCAAGCAAUGGAAGGAACCGGUCCAGCAGCACUCCAUACUGUGCAGGUUGAGACAGGAUUGGGUUUGCCAAUGGCAAAAGUGUACUGCGACUUUUUUGGUGGUAGUUUGAGUUUCAGGAGUUUAGACGGUCAUUCGACGGAUAUUUACGUCAGACUGCCGAAAUUGGGGACUAAUAAGGAGACUAUCGAGGAGAUUGUACUCUAG